CAUCCGACCCUCCGUGGCCUCCCAGAGAACCUGCUAGCGGAUGACUGACGUCUUUAAAACCUGCAAUGUGGUGAGAGUGCUCCGAUCUACUGACCAAAGGGAUGCCACGCCAUCCAUCACUACCGUCAAUCCCUCAGCCACACACACAACCAAAGAUCCACCUACUGACACACAGACAUCAGCCACUCCCUCCACCACUCCUUGCCCCACUUGUAAAAUGGCCAGUCCACAAAAUUACCUGGUGGCAGCAGGUGUCAUUCCAGAAAGUCUGGCCAAUGUACUCAUGAGCCAAGCCUUGGACAGGAAGGAGAAGGUAAGGCGUCGCCUUCCGCUGCCGGCCCGUGUCAUCACCAGUGACGAGUACGUUCACCUGCUGGAGCAGAAAGAAGCAGAGGAGAAAGAGAAGGAAGAAAAGAAGAGAAAGCGCAAGGAAGAUAUGGCAAAGAAGAAGGAGGAAAAAAGACAAGCACAGAAGGCCAAGGCAGAAGAAACAGGCACCAUCUCCAACUGAGGAAGAUGGGGAACACUGCGUUGUCUGCAGUAGAGUGGUCUCACCUGGCUCAGGAGAAGGGGCCAUUGAUGAAUGGGUGCAGUGUGACCUUUGCCAACUGUGAUUCCACUUCGAGUGCGCUGGGGUGGAGGAAGAGCCAGACACGGAGUGGCUUUGUCAUAAAUGUUGUCUGUCCAUAUAAUCACAUACACACACACACAAUGUAAAUAGUUUUAAAUAGUGCACACACAAAAUGAACACAUCCUACUGCUGAUAUACUGACAAUUUCUAGAAUUUUUAAUCAGUUUAGUGUUAAUUGUAAAUAGUUGUAAAUGGUGCACACACACACACGCGUUACAACACUCACAUGCGCACAAACACGUAGUAUCCUAAUCAUUUAAUUUUUAAGUUCAUGGUUUGCACAUUAGUUACUUUCAGUUA